GAACACUCAAUGUCGGAACGUUCCGAAGAUGACGUCGGAGCGUUCUCGAAUCCCGUGUCUCUCGGCUGCUGCUGCCGAAGGAACAGGGAAAAAGCAACAAGAAGGAAGAGCAAUGGCGACACUGGAUCGCAAAGUGCCCAGUCCGGAGGCGUUUCUGGGCAAACCCUGGUCCUCCUGGAUCGACGCCGCCAAAUUACACUGCUCCGACAAUGUAGAUUUAGAAGAGGCUGGAAAAGAGGGUGGAAAAAGCAGGGAGGUUAUGAGGCUUAAUAAAGAAGAUAUGCACUUGUUUGGCCACUACCCAGCACACGACGACUUCUACCUCGUGGUGUGCAGCGCCUGUAACCAGGUCGUCAAGCCGCAGGUCUUCCAGUCCCACUGCGAGAGAAGACACGGUUCAAUGUGUAGACCUUCUCCAUCUCCGGCGUCUCCACCCUCCAAUUCCAGGACAUCACUAGUACAGGUGAAAACAAAAGCCUGUCUCAGCGGCCAUAACUCUGCCAGCAGCUCCUCAAAGCCAUUCAAAACGCCCAAAGACAAUCUACUUACCUCCAGCAGCAAACAGCACACAAUCUUUUCAGCGAAGGGAUCAAGGGACAAACCAUGUGUUCCGGUUCCCGUAGUCAGUUUAGAGAAAAUUCCUAACCUAGUGAAGGCAGAUGGUGCCAAUGUCAAAAUGAACUCUACGACCACUCCUGCGGUCCCCUCCUGCUCCACCUCAUCCUCUGCCGUCUCCACCCCGCCUGUCAUUAAGCCAGUCUUGAUGUCCAAGUCAGUGCCACCUUCCCCAGAGAAGAUCUUAAAUGGCAAAGGAAUUUUGUCCACCACCAUAGACAAGAAACACCAAAACGGCACCAAAAACAACAGCAAGCCUUACAGGAGACUUUCAGAGAGAGAAUUUGACCCAAAUAAACACUGUGGAGUGUUGGAUCCCGAGACAAAGAAACCUUGCACAAGAUCCCUCACCUGCAAGACUCACUCACUAAGCCAUCGGAGGGCAGUCCCAGGCCGGAAGAAGCAAUUUGACCUCCUCCUGGCGGAACACAAAGCCAAGUCCCGGGAAAAAGAAGUUAAAGAUAAAGAGCAUCUCCUGACUUCGGCAAGGGAAGUACUUCCCAAUCCCCCCGGGCCGGCGCACGACUCACUGCCGGGACCUUCAGGGAGCUCGGGCCCAGAACCUAAAGUCGCGUCCCCUGCAAAAUCCAGGCCACCCAACUCUGUGCUUCCUAGACCAUCUUCUGCAAAUAGCAUAAGCAGCAGCACGUCUUCAAAUCACAGUGGCUACACUCCGGAACCCCCUCUGCCCCCAGUUGGAGGUGACCUCGCCAGCCGACUGUCGAGUGAUGAAGGGGAGAUGGACGGAACCGAUGAAUCCGAGAAGCUAUUAGACUGUCAUUUCUCUGCCCACCACCCCAGACCUCUUGCGUUUUGCUCAUUUGGGAGUCGCCUCAUGGGACGAGGGUACUAUGUGUUUGAUAGAAGAUGGGAUCGUUUUCGAUUCGCACUAAACUCCAUGGUAGAAAAACACUUGAAUUCACAGAUGUGGAAGCACAGAAACCCGAGCCACAGGGCAUCAGGUCCCUCCCCCCUUUUCAGGACUUGCCUAACAAAUCUGCUGUCACUGAGCAACAUUGGGGCUGCCUGGGUGUCAACUCUGGAGAGCGUAGCACCCCGCUGCCCUCUCAACCUCGCUGCCCAAACCCCAGGCCCCGACGGGCCCGAACCUGGAGGGAUGGCAGCCGAUGGGGGCGUGGAAGACAUUAGGAAGAAAAGGAACGGCCAAGACUCUUUUUUCUUUAACAAGCAUUUAACUCUGCAUCAGGAGACGCCAACACAGUAUUCUCUUUCAGCCAGGAAGAUCCCUCCUGCGGCAGAUAGCCCCAUGCCCUCGCCAGCAGCCCACCUCACCACCCCUGUUCCAGCAUCCGUUUUACAGCCUUUCAGCAACCCCAGUGCUGUGUAUCUUCCUUCAGCUCCCAUCAGCUCGAGACUCACCUCUUCUUACAUAAUGACAUCAGCCAUGCUCUCAAAUGCAGCUUUUGUGACAUCGCCGGACCCGAGCGCCCUCAUGUCACACACCACAGCUUUCCCUCAUGUGGCCGCAACCCUCAGCAUCAUGGACUCAACCUUCAAGGCCCCACCCGCCGUGUCCCCGAUACCAGCCGUCAUCGCUUCCCCAUCCCACAAGCCAUCCAAAACCAAAACCAGCAAAUCCUCAAAAGUCAAAGACCUGUCCGCCCGUAGCGACGAGUCUCCAAGUAACAAAAAGAGGAAGCCGCAGUCUUCGACUUCCUCCUCUUCCUCCUCAUUACCCCUGCAGACAUCCCUCGCCUCCCCAUUGUCAGGGCCCCACAAAAAGAACUGUGUUUUGAAUGCCAGUUCCGCUUUGAACUCCUAUCAGGCGGCCCCUCCCUAUAACAGUCUGUCUGUGCACAACUCAAACAAUGGGGUGAGCCCACUCAGUGCCAAACUGGAGCCCUCAGGACGGACCUCGCUGCCUGGCGGCCCCACGGACCUAGUGAGACACGUGGGCUCUGGGGGCGGCAGCAGUGACUCCUGUCCCCUCUCUGUGCCCUCCCUUGCAGGGGACCUCUCUCUGGCCUCACACAAUGCUGUGUCUUCUCUGCCCCUCUCUUUUGACAAAUCAGAAGGAAAAAAGCGUAAGAACUCAAGUUCUAGUAGCAAAGCCUGUAAAAUCACUAAAAUGCCUGGAAUGAAUAGUGUUCACAGAAAGAACCCGCCCAGCCUUCUUGCUCCGGUGCCCGAUCCUGUUAACAGCACCUCCUCUCGGCAGGUUGGGAAAAAUAGCAGCCUAGCUUUGUCACAAUCCAGUCCUUCAAGCAUAUCCAGCCCAGGACACAGCCGACCGAAGAACACAAACAGAACGGGCAGGAUAAGGACUCUUCCAUAACAAGACUCUGAAGCCACUUCCAAACCAAUGCCUGGCCACGGGACCCCACCCCAGCCAGAGGAGGGAGGGGAGUGGGCAGUGGGGGAGUCUGUUUCCUAUGCCCUACCUGUGGCUCUGGCCUUUCUUCUUUUUUUAAUUGACCAAUUUUUAGUUUUGAGGAAAAAAGAAAAAGGCAAAAGAACGUGAAUUUGAGAUUUACAGAAAACAAGUACCAGUGUUUUGUUUCCGUUCUUUGAUUUGCCAUGUGUAUACCUUCUUCCAAGUUUGGAGUCACUCAUCUAGCUUCUGAUGCUGCUACUGCAUCAUUUUGUUCCAGCCACAAGAGCAGACAUUGCAGAAUGUCUGUUCCUGGUUGGCCUUGUCUGAAACUCUUGAACUUGAGCACAUUCAGUGCUCCUUUCCUUGGGCUCUUCCAUCUUUCCCUCCCGUCCCCGCCUACCUGCCACUCUCUGGGUCCCCCCUGGCCAUCAGAGGAACAGGCUCUCAUACCUCCCCUCUGGACCAUGUGUUGAUGGGGGAGGGGCUUUGCUGGGGAGCUGCCUGUGUUUAGGGAACAGAGAGCUGGAGGGUGGGCCACGUGUCCCCAUCAGGUUUCUAGGGCAGCAGAAUGGCAGGAACCAGAUGCAGAAUUGAGAACAGCAGCGUUUAAUGAUGGCGCUCACUCAGUACCGCUAUGCAGCUAUGCAGCUCACAGACGUACUGGGUUAGGGACGGGGCAGGAACGGACCUACAAGGUUGCAGGAAGAAUGGUGUGGGGGUAGGAAAAGACAUCCUCAAAAGAUGGUGGGAAUUGGGUAAUUGUGAUCAUCUGAGCUUGUUAGGCCUCCAUGCUACACAGUCCCUCCCAGAGCACCGUGUACAAGGGCACAAGGCCGAGGAAGUCACCGGGGGGAAGAAUUCCAGGGAAAGGGGCACAAGACCUCAGGAAGCCACUCAGGAGGAGGAAUGGUACCCAGGGCUGUGGACGUUCUCAAGCUGCCCUCUGGGGCUUGACAAGAGGAGAAAAGCCGGGCCAGAAGCAAGGGCUUGAGGGAAAGCUGCUGUGGAGGGUUAACUGCCAAACCCCUGUUAAUAAUAAAUACUAGCAUUGCCCACCCACCACCGUGCCCUUGGCCAGAGGCCCCCAUUCCAGCACAGCCACCCAGGAAAGAAUGGUAAGGCCACCACUCGUGGAGAAGAGACAGAAGGGAGAAGCCGGAGGCCUGCAGCUACAAAACUGUUCACACUGGAGUUCUGAAAGAAACAAUACCAUAAGCUCUAAUUGGGAAUUGUAAUCAGGAAGGAGUUCCCCAUAUAAAAUAGGUGUUCUGUGCUAUGAAUCAUGUAACUUUGUGUACAGUAUAAUGGAAGAGAUACUAGGAGUUUUUGCUUCAUCCAUAAGUCAGAUAUGAAUGCCAGUUUUGCCGCUGGACGUAAACCCUCAUCCCUAACCUAAAGUUUUCCUUUUCUUUCCCAUUCCCUCCAAACCCAAAGAUCAGACUACUGUUAAAUUUCACCAUAUGAUUGGAUUUUGCAAAGACGGGAGGCAAACGGAGUGAUUUGCAUCAAUGGAAUUGCACUGACAGUGUUUCUUAAUAGGAUUACUAAAGUUUUUAAUAUAAAAUGAUUUUUUUAAAAAUCAGGAGUUGAUAUUAGGUACUAGGACAUUAGUUCAGAUGAAUUCAUUUUUAUUUCUACAGUGUUAAAAGUGCACUUAUAUGCUGGUUUAUUUCCAUCUUGGGAAAAAGAGACUGCAAAUUGAAGGGAAGAUUGUUACUUUUUCUUUUUUAAAAAAAAAAGGUUAAGGCAGAUUUUAAGACUUAUAAAUGUUUAAGAAAUUAUAAACAAGGUUAGACCCUUUGAAAAAAGUUUAGAAGAUAUUCUUAAAGUAAAUUUUUAUAGUGUUAAUUUUGUAAUAAUUUAUGUUUUACUAUAUUACAGAGCUAACUGACCAGAAUAGUUUCAGAAACAAUAUGAAACUUAGGAAAGUUGAAGCAAUGUUUAUAUUUUUAAAAUGUUCUUUGAAUUAUGUUUUUAUUGUACAUUUCUUCAGACUGAAAAGUAUGUACAUAUCUUUGUUAUUUUUGCACAAUUUUCGUCUUGUUCAGUUUUAGAAGUCUGUUUUUUUUUUUUAAUAAUUUAUUUUGAGUUGUAAUACUUGCAGGAGUGAAAACAACAACAACAAAAAAUCUCAGCAACAAAAUAACCCUCUGAUUUACAAACUCUUACACUCAAAGAGGGAAAACAAAGGUUGAGAGAUUAAGUGGCUGCUUCUGAGAAAUAAUGUCUCGACAGGGACUAAAGGAGCGAUUCAAUGGAUUUUAAACAUUUUAGCUCUCUACAUCUUGAAUUGCAAGCUGGAAUAAAGAGGCUCCCCACUGAAUGCUGCUUACUUGGUGAAAGACUGGCUCUGACCAAGGUGAGGACAUUUCUGGAAACUGAGCAAAAAGGGAAAACCCACGGUGUUUCUUCCUUCACAGUCAGCUACAGGUUUACUUUAUAAUGAUGUAUUCAAAACUCACAGCUUGAAAAAUGGAAUGCAAAUAAAAGGUUUUCUUUCAGUUUGUUUGGAUGGAGUUCAACUGGACCAGCCUAUAAAGCAUUUUUGGGGGAAUAUCCUUUGGGUACUUCUGUUCUGCACACCCCACUCAGCCCUCUCUCCUAGCCCCUUGACUGCACACACCCCCAUCUGCCUGAAGAUCUUGUGACUUGUCGCCAGCCGUAGAGGCUCGAAAGCUCUGGUUGUUAAAGCGUAACGCAAUGCAUAGACCUGUCAGCCAUAAAAAAAAAAAGCGACCUGGAUAACUUGUAUGCCUUCUUUUGUAUCAAUGUACCAAUUGUAAAUAAUGCUGAUCAACCUUUGUAGAGAAUAGUUUAUACAGCAUAUUCUAUUAUUGCUGAUUCUCAGUGAACUCUUGUUUUAAAAAAGGAAAAAAGAAAUUUUCUAUUUACACCUUCUAUUUUGUUAUGCUGUCAGCCCAUGGCACUUUAACAAAACUCUGUGGGUUUUAUGUAGCUGGUCAGUCAUGGGGUAUAUUCAAUAACUGUUGUUGCACAGAGGAGAAUUUGCACCUGCUCAUUUGUCCUUUCCUACUACCAAUUUUAGAACCUUUUCCAGAAAUUUUGAAGAAAGCAUGUCCAAACAUUCUAAACAAAUGCCACACUUGUGGAGUGGGUUUCUUUUCUACGAUCCAUAUUUUGUAACACUAAGUAUUUUCCUUCUUUGUCCUGCACCUUUAUGUAUUAGCACUAUCAGAUAGAAUUCAUUCCAUGCCUGUGAUAUUGUAAGCAGAAUAAAUGUCUAAAGUAGGUGUAAAUAGUAAAUUCUAUGGCUUACAGUUUAAAAAGGAAAGAACAAACACGUAUCUAUUGAUACUGCCGUGGUUCAGCACCAGGCCUGGAGACAUUCUCCAGUGAGCGAUUGUAUUUUUUUUUUUUUUUUUUGCUUUUUUUUUUUUU